AUGUUCUCCACAAUCUCGGACAUCUGGGGCCCUUGCUCCAUAGACCUUUUUGUCUCCCGGCUCAAUACUCACCUGCCCAGGUUCUUCAGCUGGCGGCCGGACCCGGAAGCAGAAGCGGUGGAUGCGUUUCUACAGGACUGGUCUGCAGCCCUACAUUACGCGUUUCCACCGUUUGCCAUAAUUCCGAGGAUGUUGCUACAGACUUGGCGUCAGGUGGCGGAAUUGGUGGUGGUGAUUCCCUUCUGGGGAUCUCAAGCCUGGUUGAAAACCCCUCGGCAUAUGGAAUUCCGUGUUGUUCCAAGUUUUCCUGAGAUGUUAGCCAUGUUGGCUCGAGUUCUUCAGUUGGACGGUCCAGAAGGGCCGGUGGCGGAUCCAGUUCCGGUUUCGAACUGGAAGCCGGAGGAGAGGAGCCGGGAGACCAGAACCGGGAGAUCGGGAGACCAGAACCGGGAGAUCGGGAGACCAGAACCGGGAGAUCGGGAGACCAGAACCGGGAGAUCGGGAGACCAGAACCGGGAGAUCGGGAGACCAGAACCGGGAGACCAGAAUCGGGAGACCAGAACCGGGAGAUCGGGAGACCAGAACCGGGAGAUCGGGAGACCAGAACCGGGACUUUGGGAGACCAGAACCCGGACAUCGGGAGACCAGAACCGGGAGACCAGAACCCGGACAUCGGGAGACCAGAACCAGGAGAUCGGAAUCUGGGACCGGGAGAUCGGGAGACCAGCACCGAGGACAGAGGAGCCGGGAGCACAAGACCAAGGACCGGGGGAUCAGCACCGAGGACAGCGGCAUCAGGUUGCCAACCUCCUGAGGCUCUUCCAGAUCCCACAGAUCAGUUACGCCUCUACAAGUGCCAAGCUGAGUGACAAGACCCGUUAUGACUUCUUUGCCCGCACUGUUCCUCCUGACUUCUUCCAAGCCAAGGCCAUGGCAGAGAUCCUACGCUUCUUCAACUGGACCUAUGUGUCUACUGUUGCAUCUGAAGGGGAUUAUGGUGAGACUGGCAUUGAAGCCUUCGAGCAGGAGGCAAGGGCUCGUAAUAUUUGCAUUGCUACCUCCGAAAAGGUUGGGCGCUCCAUGAACAAGAAGACCUUUACCAGUGUAAUCAAAGCCCUCCAGCAGAAACCUAGUGCCCGGGUUAUCGUGCUCUUCACCAAGAUUGAGGAUGCCCGAGAACUUCUGGCUGCUGCCCAGCAACUCAACGUUUCCUUUAUGUGGGUGGCGAGCGAUGGUUGGGGAGCACUGGAGAGCGUGGUGUCCGGGAGUGAGGAGGUGGCUGAAGGCGCCAUCACCAUUGAGCUGGCAUCGUACCCGCUGUUUGAGUUCUCAAGAUAUUUCCAGUCUUUACAUCCACUCAAUAACACUCGAAAUCCGUUCUUCAAGGAAUUCUGGGAGAAUAAGUUUCAGUGCCGGCUCAAUUCUUCAGACUGCAUGAAGCAUUCCCUGCAAGACGUCAAAUUCGAGCAAGAAUCCAAGAUCAUGUUUGUGGUGAAUGCUGUUUACGCUAUUGCUCACGCCCUGCACAACAUGCACCAGACCCUGUGCCCCAACGCCAGCAGCAUGUGCCCCUUUAUGAACCCAAUCAAUGGACGCCGCUUCUACCGGGAUUACAUCCUGAACGUGAAGUUCGAUGCUCCGUUCCCUCCUCCGGACACUCACAGCAUUGUGAGAUUUGACAAGUUUGGUGAUGGAAUAGGUCGUUACAACAUCUUCUGCUUCCAGAAAACAAAUGGACAAUACCGCUACCAGAAAGUCGGCUACUGGGCUGAGGAGCUGACGCUCAAUACCAGCCGGAUCCCAUGGGCGCUCAGCUCGGUGCCUGUGUCUCAGUGCAGUGACCCUUGCAAGAAAAAUGAGGUGAAGAGCAUGCAGCCUGGAGAUGUCUGCUGCUGGAUCUGCAUCCCCUGCCAGCCACACGAGUACCUCCUCGAUGAGUUCACUUGUAAGGACUGUGGCCUGGGGUACUGGCCCAAUGCGGACCUCAAAGACUGCUUCGAGCUUCCUCAGGAGUACAUCCGCUGGAGUGAUGCCUGGGCCCUGGGGCCCGUCUGCCUCUCCUGCCUGGGUCUACUCUCCACCCUGUUUGUGAUUUGGAUGUUUGUUCAGAAUAAUAAUACGCCCGUCGUGAAGGCCUCAGGGCGAGAGCUCUGUUACAUCCUGCUGAUUGGAGUGCUGCUCUGCUAUGCCAUGACCUUCAUCUUCAUUGCCAAGCCAUCCACCGGUGUUUGCACGCUUCGUCGUCUAGGGCUCGGCACGUCCUUUGCUAUUUGCUACUCGGCUCUGUUGACAAAAACCAACCGGAUUGCCCGCAUCUUCAAUGGUGCACAAGAUGGGGUGCAGAGACCUCGCUUCAUAAGUCCGGCCUCCCAGGUCGGGAUUUGCAUGGCGCUCAUCUCCUGCCAGCUGCUUGUGGUGCUGGGGUGGCUGCUUCUCGAGCCGGCUGGGACUCGCAAGGACACGGCCCCUGAUAAGCGAUACGUGGUAACACUGAAGUGUAAUAGUGGUGACAGCAGCAUGUUGGUGUCCCUCUCCUACAACGUCCUCCUGGUUCUGCUCUGCACCCUCUAUGCAUUCAAGACCAGGAAGUGUCCCGAGAACUUUAACGAAGCCAAAUUCAUUGGGUUCACCAUGUACACCACCUGCAUCAUCUGGCUCGCCUUCCUGCCCAUCUUCUAUGUCACCUCAAGUGAUUACAGGGUUCAGACGACCACCCUGUGCGUGUCGGUCAGUCUCAGUGGCUCUGUUGUCCUAGGAUGUCUGUUUACUCCAAAGAUCCACAUAAUAAUGUUCCAGCCACAGAAAAAUGUCACUAGCCACCGCAGUGCCACCAACCGCUUCAGUGCCACCGGGGCAGGAGGGUCGCGUGGUUCCACCGUCCAGUACGUCCCCACGGUGUGCAAUGGCCGUGAAGUGGUUGACUCUACGACCUCGUCCCUCUGA